CUGAAUCUUACUUAAUUCUUCACAUCCUUGAAAAUCUAUCGCUUGUAGGCAUAAUGCUGCUCGAAAAUUCGUGUACUCUAUGCCAUAAAUUGAGUCCACUCGUGUGCGUUUCACGGGAAAGUGAGAGCUAUAAAAACCACCAUUCUACACUGCACAGAUUCUCCUCUUCUCACAAUUUUAAAACAGGUUUCUCGCAUUUUCGUUUGGCACUUCACCGAAGGAAGGCACAAGAAUGUUCUUGCAAGCUUACAAACGAAUAUUAUAAAGAGAUGUGGAAGGCAAAUCCUAGCAGUCCACCUCUGCUCAGGAACUAUGCCAAAGUUUUACACGAGGUGAAAGGAGACAUUAGCAAGGCAGAGAAAUUCUAUUCAAAGGCCAUAGUGGCCGGUCCUAAAGAUGGAGAAGUGUUGUCGCUUUACGCCCAAUUCAUAUGGGAAACUCACAAAGAUGAAGGCAGAGCACAAGCUUACUUUGAUCAAGCAAUCUAAGCCGCCCCUAAUGACUGGUAACCAAUUGCUCGUAUCCUUUUAAGCUCUUAAAUCCGGUUUUACUGGCCGAAUUACCAACGAAUUAUCAUUCGCAAUGUGUUGAUCUUGGCAGCUAUGUAUUUGCCUCUUAUGCCAAUUUUUUAUGGAACUCGGAGGAAAGAAAUGGAAAUGAAAAAAUAGCAUCUCUCAACAAAUUUUGAAAAAUAUAAGAGCAGGGCAUUUCAGUAUCUCUUCCAUAGCAGGCCUUUCUAAAUUUAACAUCCAAAUAUUAGGAGCUGACUAGAUAGUGCUGCCAUGGAGCAGGUUCUUUUCAGAUUUCUGUAAAAUGUAAAAUUAGGUUGGGGGUGUUAUGGAGGGGGCUUCCUAAAAAACAGAGGUAGAGUUUCUUAGAUUUUUUAGGAAAAUUUUUAAGCUGGUGGUCUCAUGCACCUUAAAAAUUUAAGCUCUUAAAUUUAAGGAAGCUGGUGGUCUCAUGCACCUUAAAAAUUUAAGCUCCUAAAUUUAAGGAAG